UGUGUUUGUAUUAUGUAUUGUAAUGUAAUGGUUAUGUCAUAGUGCCAAACACAUGUGCUAUUUUUACUGUGUUUUUACUAGAUUUUUAAAUUGUAAACAAAGAAUAGAGUUGUACUGAGUACGGUAUUUUUCUUUUCUCUUCAGUUUUCACUUACUUCAGUACUUGUUAUGCUUUGAGAUUUGUGUAUAGUUAAAUUGAUGAUUUACUUGCACAACCAUAUACUGCUCACUGCUCAAGAAAAUAAUAACUUAAUUAGCAACCUGUAGGAAUAAUUAGACAGCUAUGGAUACUAUAUCGGAGUUGGCAGGAGAUGAACAUUCUGGUGAUAAGUCUCGUACAUUUGUUUUCAACGAUGAGAAUCAUACGCUGGGCAACUGCUUGGUCUCCAUCAUUACGAAUUAUGAGGAUGUAAUGUUCUGUGGCUACACAGUACCACACCCGGCCGAGCAGAAGAUGCAUCUGAGGAUCCAGACGAGUGGUCCUCGAGCCAUCGAUGUACUGCAGCGAGGUCUCAAGGACCUUGAGAAACUCUGUGACGAAACAACCUCCAAGUUUAAGGUAGCAAUGAAAGAAUACAAGAACAAGAAUCUAGAAGAUAUCGACUAGUACAUCAUGAAAUCAUGUAACUUAACUAUUGUUAAUGUACAGUGUAUAUUCUUUUUUGUUAUAAUACAAUUUUUUGUACAUUUUAA